AUGAGUUUUUCUUCCAUAUCAACACCUUCGACUAGUAUAACUUCUAAUCCUUUUGCAAAUAUAUUGAGAAAACAAACGAGUACUACUAGUACAGCUACACGCGAUGCACCAUACGCACGUCUUAGUAGAGCAUCAAUUGAGUCAUUAUUAUCACCAAAACCAUUAACAUUCCAGGAAACAAUUGGAUUUUCGACAUUACCUGAUCAAAUACAUCGAAAAACACUUAAACGAGGUUUUGAAUUUACACUUAUGGUUGUUGGUGAACAUGGUCUUGGUAAAUCAACAUUUAUUAAUACUUUAUUCAUGACAGAACUUUAUGCUGAUCGACCACCAACAGCUCGACUUCAUCCACCGAAAACAGUUGAAAUCGAAACUCGUACAGUUGAAUUAGAAGAAAAAGGUGUUAAAUUACGUUUAACUGUUGUUGAUACACCAGGUUUUGGUGAUGGAAUGAAUUCUACUGAAUGUUGGAAACCAAUACUCGAUUUUAUUGAUCAACAAUUUCUUAAAUAUUAUCAAGCGGAAACAAGUUUUGGUAUUGAACGUAAAUAUGUUCAAGAUCAACGUGUUCAUUGUUGUCUAUAUUUUCUACCACCAAGUAUUCGUGGUCUUCGACCUAUUGAUCGAGAUUUUCUACAUCAUCUUCAACAUAAAGUUAAUGUUAUACCUGUUAUUGCUAAAGCUGAUACAUUACUUAAAAGUGAAUUAACAGCAUUGAAAAAACAAUUAUUGAGUGAUAUUGAUAAACAUGGUGUGCAAUUAUAUGAUUUUCCUGAAGGAGAUUCGGAACAAGAUGAAGAUUCUCAAUCACUUGAUAAAACAUUAAGAGAAUCAAUUCCAUUUGCUAUUAUGGGUAGUAAUAUAACACUUGAAUCAAAUGGACGUAAAGUUCGUGGUCGAGCUUAUCCAUGGGGUAUAGUUGAUGUUGAAGAUUCAAAAUAUAGUGAUUUAGCUCAUCUACGUGAAAUGUUAUGCAAAACACAUCUUCAAGAUUUAAAAGAUGUUACAAGUGAUGUUCAUUAUGAAAGUUAUCGUGCUCAACAAUUAUUUGGAAGAAAAAAUUACAGUGAUAUUUAUGAAGAUGAUCCAUAUGAAAAUAUUGAAGUUAAAUAUAAAUUAAUUCAACAGAAAGAUGAUCAAAUACGUGAUAUGAAACAACAAAUAGUUGAUAUGCAACAAAAAUUAAAUUUAAAUUCGAAUGACUAUCAAACACUUACUCCUACUAUAAACAAUGAACGAAGUAGUAGUAGAGAACGAUCUACUAAAAUCUAG